GACUGUCAAAUCUUGCAAUAAAUGUCGAAUGUCCAUUGGAAAUGCUAAUAAAAUUAGAAUGAAAAACGAUGAAAACAAAAAAAUUAUGGAACUGCAAAGUAAAGCUUAUAGACGGGAAGAAAUUAUAGAAAUAUUUUUAGGAUUGUUAGAAUCUUAUGAAGACGUCGACAAUACUGAACCUUGCCAACAAACAUUUAAUGCAAACAUCACAGUUCAUCUUAAUUCGUUUUUUGACCGUGUUGAUGAAACUAAUAAGGAUGAAAUUAAUAAACAUGUUGCUUAUCAGAUUAUAAAACUUAUCUCUAAGGCUGACGGAUAUACUUACAUUUAUCAUACUUGUAAUGAAUUGAAAGAUG